GUGGAGUGAUAUCGUUCGGGGCGAUGGGGGACUCAUAUUUCGAGUAUUUGUUGAAAGUGUGGCUUCAAAGUGNNNNAAAAUAGUGCAUAUAAAAGAUACUCUCUAUG